AGCGCUAGCGAUGACUUGCACGCGUGAAAGCCUGCGUUGAUGAAGGGCAGAAAAACUCGCUGCUCCGCAUUUACUACAGUUUCCACGCUGAGUGUAACCACAUUAACUUUAUUUUUAUUCCAAGUCCAGAUGGAAAACGCGAAGCCAUUGCUCGCCUACUGGAACAUUCGCUCUCUGGGUCAGCCCUUGCGCAACCUGCUCAUUUACAAGGGCGUGGAGUUCGAAGACAAGCGCUACCCGCACGGGCCUCCGCCGGACUACAACCGCGAGUCGUGGCUGCGGGAGAAGUUCACCCUGGGCUUUCCCUUCCCAAACAUUCCGUACUACGUGGACGACGACGUCAAGAUCACACAGAGCGUCGCCAUCCUUCGCUACCUGGGAAGGAAGCAUGACCUGGCGGGCAGCAAUGACCAGGAGACCACGGAGCUGGACGUACUCGAGCAGCAGGCCCGGGACAUGUUUCUCACGAUACCCUACCAGGCGGCCAACGUGCCGGGCUGCAAAGGAGGCCUCGAGUGGUACGCCGAGAACAUGGACUUCGUGCUCGAACCUUGGGAGAAGCACAUGAGCGACCGAAAGUGGGCUUUGGGCGACAGGCUGACCUACGUCGACUUCAUGCUGUAUGAAGGGUUCGACUGGCACCGGGAAUUCAAGCCGGAGGCCAUGGACAGAUACCCGAACAUAGCGCAAUACCUGCAGAGAUUCGAGGAGCUGCCCAACAUCAAAGAGUUCUUCGCUUCGGAAAAGUACAACAGGUGGCCCAUUCUGGGGCCAAUGCGGCCGUGGGGCAACAGGAAGUGAAAAUAACAGAAAACACAACAAAGAUCGAACCGAGGGGACAGCAAUAAAACGUUACUCUGUGUCA